UCUGCUGCGGCGAAGCCAUGGUCUCCAGAGAUGGUGACCAUGAUGGGCGUCCAAAAGUAGGACUAGGACACAAGAAGUCGGCUUCCAGAGAUGCAGCCAGGAAGAAAGUCUCUGCAGAAGCUUCUCGGCCAGAAAAUUCCCCUGAGCCACAGAAGCGGAGUCGAGAAGCCAGGAUGUCAAGGAAUCAGAAAGCCAGGAAUUCGUCUUCUUCUUCAAGAAGUCCAAAAGCCAGGAAUUCGUCUUCUUCUUCAAGAAGUCCAAAAGCCAGGAAUUCGUCUUCUUCUUCAAGAAGAGCAAAAGCCAGGAAUUCAUCUUCUUCUUCAAGAAGAGCAAAAGCCAGGAAUUCGUCGUCUUCUUCAAGUAGUCCAAAGGCCAGGAGUUCUUCGUCUUCUUCGAGGAAGGGCAAGUGGAAGCGGAAACGGUCUUAUCAACCACUGCGGGGUUUUGACCCAAGCAAGUUUGGUGGGCUGAAAUCUGCGACGGCCGCCUUCUUCAUGCGCUUGCUUCAUUCUAAACCUCACGAUCCUCCAUAUGGGACCUGGGAGACUGUCAGGGAUGACGGAAAGUAUCAGUGCACCCUUCGACUCACUGACAGAGCUCAAGCAGCUACCUGUGCGAGGAAAAUGGAGUACAAAGGUCAAGUGUGCCGCAACACAGGAGAUGCAGAGAAGUCAGCAGCCGGUUUGUUUUGGGAUGAUCAUGGUGUACGGGCGACAGCCGCAAUGCUUGGGCCUUCAAGGAAGGCUUGGAAGCGAAGCACCAAUGCGCGGGACUUCCAGGAAAGCUUGAAAGCGAAGCGCCAAUGCGCAGAGAUCAGUGCAAAGCGCGAAGCGCAACGGUAGGGCACUGGCGUAGGUGGAUAGAAAAGGCGCUGAAUCGAACCCGGAAAUCGUCUUCAACUACAUGGACAUGGCUUCUGAAGUGGCCUCGCGCAUUACCAUUCUGCGGGUUCUGUGUAUGGCACGCAUCGUGCGCUUGAUGCAGCUAAAGAAGUUGGUGCCCAGGUUAGUGAUCAGAAGGCAGUAUUCAU